ACUAUCAGAAACAUCUAGCGCUAUCAGGGAUCGAAACUCUUCCCAUAUUCUUUGCCAUCUUUCUUUCUCAGCCUUCCGUAUCUCUUCCCUUCCUCAAUACAUACAUUUCAACAAAUUCUCUUUCUCCCUGUUUCUCUCUCCUUUUCUUUUAUUCUCAUUCUCUCUGAUCUCUUCAUAUUCUUCGACCGUCUGAUUCCUCCGCUGCCCCGCCAUCGCCACCGACCCGUUCGACAUCGAUGGCGCCCCGUCUAUUGUCCUGCUUCCGCAAACGCCGCGGCGGCGGCGUCGCGCAUGGUAGUCUAGGCGAGUCCGUCCGCGAGAGCAGCGCGACGGCGGAUUUGACGGCGGAGGAGAUGAAGCGCGGGGGACCGGUGUUGGUGGAGCUGUUCUCGUCGCAGGGAUGCACGACGUCACCGGCAGCGGAGCUGUUGGUGUCGAGGCUGGGUCGGGGAGAUUUCCGGCUGGAGAUGCCGGUGGUGGUGCUGGCCUUCCACGUGGACUACUGGGAUUACAUGGGCUGGAAGGAUCCAUAUGGUUCGAGUCAAUGGACCGUAAGACAGAAGGCCUACGUUGAGAGUCUUGGGCUUGACACUUUGUUCACGCCCCAGAUUGUGGUCCAAGGCAAGGCCCAUUGUGUCGGAAAUGACGAGAAUGCCCUCAUCACCGCCAUAUCUGAGGCACCGAGAUACCCUGUGCCUUCCUUCGAGGCAACUUUCCAAAAGCCGUCACCAGAUUCCUUGCAAGUCUCUCUCGCAGGAGCAUUGAGAAUGAAGGUGGACGGUAAUGGCGUAAACGUCAUGGUCGCAUUAUAUGAGAGUGGUCUGCUCAACAACUGCGAGAAAGGGGAGAACAAAGGUCGUGUUCUAUCAAACGACUAUGUCGUUCGAAGGCUGGAAAAGCUCUGCAACGUCAAAGACAUGAGUCCCAAGAAGACAGUCUCAGGAACCCUUAACUUUGCCUUGUGGGAAGGAUUCAAUGCCGCGAAAUGUGGAGUAGCACUCUUUGUUCAGAACAACUCUCAUCAAAUUUUUGGGUCACAGAGUUUCAAGCUCCCAGAGGGCAUAUGAUUGACUUCAUGUUGUGGAAUUGAUUCUAAGACAAGGGCAAAAAUAUUGAAGAAGUCAUCAGCCAAAGGUAUUUAGUAACAUAAAGUGAAGAAAAAUGUUCUAACAUGUAUGAUUUUUUUUUUGAUAUAUCUGUGUCCAAACCGUUAAAAGUCAAUGGCGUUAACUGUUAACUCGAGAAUUAGAAAUUUAACGGUUUGAACACAGAUAUAUUGAAAAAAUAAUCUUAUGAACACUUGUGUAUUUUUUUUCACUUUAGGUUACUGAAUGCUUUUAGCUGAUAACUUUUUAGAUAUUUGGGCCAUUUUGCUUUUAUCAUACGAUAUGCUCUGUAAUAUGAUCAUUUUUUGGUUACGUUGUUUAGGCUAUAAUGCAUGUAUAGGAUGUGUUUUGUUUUGUUUUUUUUUUUUUUUCUUUUUACCAUUUUCUUCAUAUUGAUUUAUCAUUGAAACUAUGCAUAGUGGAUGGAUCUGUUUAAUUCUGUUGCCUGCUCA